GUGGCUGUCUGGCCACGUCCCCGGGCCACGUCGCUCGGUGCCCGCUGAGCUUACGCCAUCUUCGCUUCCCGGCUCCGGGCUGCGCUGCCGCCUCUGCCGCCGCCGCCAUGAACAUCUUCCGCCUCACCGGGGACUUGUCCCACCUGGCGGCCAUCAUCAUCCUGCUGCUCAAGAUCUGGAAGAGCCGCUCCUGCGCGGGUAUUUCUGGGAAAAGCCAGCUUCUGUUUGCACUGGUCUUCACUACCCGUUAUCUGGACCUCUUCACUUCAUUCAUUUCAUUGUAUAACACAUCUAUGAAGCUUAUCUACAUUGCUUGCUCAUAUGCCACUGUGUAUCUGAUCUACAUGAAAUUUAAGGCCACCUAUGAUGGAAACCAUGAUACAUUCAGAGUGGAGUUCCUGAUAGUUCCUGUUGGUGGACUCUCAUUUCUUGUCAAUCAUGACUUCUCUCCUCUGGAGAUACUCUGGACCUUCUCCAUCUACCUUGAAUCAGUUGCUAUUCUCCCUCAACUUUUUAUGAUCAGCAAAACUGGGGAAGCAGAGACCAUCACUACUCACUAUCUUUUCUUCUUGGGUCUGUACCGUGCCUUGUACUUAGUCAACUGGAUUUGGCGCUACUAUUUUGAGGGAUUUUUUGACCUUAUAGCUGUUGUUGCUGGUGUGGUCCAGACAGUUCUUUACUGUGACUUCUUCUAUUUGUAUGUUACAAAAGUACUCAAGGGAAAGAAGCUCAGUUUGCCAGCGUAAGUGCCAAAAAACCCAUCACCAGCAUCUGUCCUUUUGGAUGCUUGGACAGAACAAUCCUUAUCACAAGCAAAGGCGAAGAUGCUUGAGACAGAAAGUCAGGAACACAGCUCUUUAUAGUGCAGGUAGUCAUCAGCGGCUCUGUAAGAACGGAGGAAAAACAACCAGCAGAUUUCUGUUUGAUGCAUCUUGCCUUUAUCUUUUUUAUUACUAUGUAUAAAGAUUUUUUACAUAAAGAAACUUAUACUGUAUUAAUAAAUUCAGUGUAUGGUUUCAAAUUGGAA